AUGUACUGGUCUCCUACAGUUUGUGAUCUUCAGCAUAUGCAACCCAUGUCAGACAAAGAUGAACAUGUGCCCCCAGAACACAAUAACAGCCCAGAAGUACCAUGGCUUGUGAACAUCUAUGGCAAUGGCAAGAGAUGCCAAGGAAUUAUCCUGAGCACUUGGUGGGUCUUGACGGCAGCCAACUGCUUCCUGCUGAUGAGUCCGAGCCAAGUAGAGUUGACUGGAUCUCACGGGCGUUUCUCUACCAAGACAGUGAGCCAAUUUCUGCUACAUCGGGGCUUCAGUUCCUGGAAUACAGCACCCAAUAAUGACCUGGGACUCAUCCUGCUUGGCCAGCCAGUUGAUUUAAGAAGGCAAGACAUGUGGCCAGCUUGUAUCCCCAAAGAACAAAAACCUUAUGACACAAUGGAGCAAUGUAGGAUUUUUGAACGAGGUGAUAAUGGAACCUUGAAAUUGUUGUUAAAGGUGACCACUGUGGAGGGUCUGAGUGCCUCGGAGUGUUCUAAGCUCUGGCCUGGAUCUACAGAUGAAAGGAACUUGUGUGUUGCAAGAAAAAUGCCUCCUAAGGAUGCAGAUUGUAGGGUGCCUGUAGGUAGUUCAGUGAUCUGCAAUGACCCAGCUACAUCAAAAUGGGAAGUGAUGGGCAUUGUGAGCCAGAGCUUGUACAACUGUUCUGCUCCUAUUCUGGCUUCCCAGCUUUUAACUCAUUUAAAAUGGCUAAGGCAAGAGGGAUCCCUAGAGAAUCCUCUUCAGCCAGAAACAGAAUUACCUUCAGCCACUCCAGAUGUAUCGAUCACAUCUAAAGCAAUGAUCAAGACGCUUUCAGCAGCUCGCAAGGCCAUCCCAGCCUUUGCCAUCUUUAGAGACCACGAAAGCACCUCCUAUGGAGCUUCCACCAUCCACAACUGCAACAGAUAUCAAUGA